AGUAGUGGUAAACGGCCCUGCGUGAUACACAGCUGAUCAGUCGUUCCGCGACGGACAAGUUGUUUUGAUAUCUCUAUUCGUGACUCGAUAGUGCAAAUCGAAGCGUUUUCUGCAUGGAAUGACAGUGAAUCGUGCGUAAGAAUAUUCCGUAUACAUGCCAUUGUUUAUGUGCUCUAUGCAAUUUGAAGGAGUAACGAAAGCAGAAGGCACGGGCGGUGGUGUAACCCCAGUGAAAUUAUACAGAAUAUCAUAUUGCGGGUUACUGUUGGUGGCGUCGUCGAGUCAAUUGGAUCGCAGAUACUUCCCGUUUCAACAAUUUCGAAGGAAAUCGUUUAUGCGAACGUCGGGGUCUAUGACCGGUUCACGAGGCUUGCCUUAUCAGAGAAACAGAAAAAGCUACGGUCUAACCGUGACCUCCAGCAUUAGAUUGAAAUUGAUGAAGUCCGAAGCGAUCGAAGAGGAGGACACGACUGCUGAUCCUGCAGUUUGUGAACAUUGAUGCUGGUCACUCAUAGGCCACGAUAUUAUCUAUUCGGUGUAAUUCGGUGCACUAUCGUUUCUCUUUAUAUUCCUCUCUCGCUUAUUUCUUUCUACUUUUUCUGUUAAUUCCCGUGAUAUUUUUAAGGCUUAAUCAAGUUGAGUUAUUAGAGCGUUUGAGUGCCGACGGGCAACGUUAGAUUUUCUUUCUUCGCAACGAAACAACGGAUUCUCGUUUCGCUUUUCCUUUGUAUAAUUACAUUCAGAUAUACAUAUAUAUUGUACAUGUGUAUACGCGCGCGCGCGCUAGUGUGAACGGAAAAGAAAAGGUUGAUGACAAUGCAACGAGUCCAAGAUCAAGACAAUGGUAUCAACAUCAAAUUCGGUGCAAGCAAAAAUAAGAAAGGAAACUAUAGACUUGUAUCGCAGCACUCUGAGAACGAGAAAAAAAGCAACUUCAAUGGGACCAAUAAACAAGUUAAAAAUGUAACAACUGAAGAGGACCUAGUCCCACCGGAUGGAGGAUGGGGAUGGCUUGUACUUUUAGCAUCCGUUAUGGUCAAUCUACUAAUUCCAGGAACAGUGAAAUCCUUUGGUGUUUUAUUUGUUGAAUUUCUAGAAGUUUUUGAUGCAUCACCUUCUGCAGCUGCUUGGAUACCAGCUUUAUGCUAUUUUUUGUAUAGUUCACUUGGACCCCUUUCCAGUGUACUAUCAGUUAAAUACUCCUAUAGAACAGUGACUUUAUUGGGAGGAACAUUUGCUGCUGCAGGAAUGAUGCUAAGUUAUUUUGCCAACUCUGUGGCCUUCUUGUGUGUCAGUUAUGGUGUUCUGGUAGGAACUGGAGCAGGGUUAUCUUUUCCCCCAACUGUGUAUAUAGUAACUUCAUACUUUGUACGGUUACGUGGACUUGCAAAUGGGCUCUGCAUAUCUGGUAGUGCAUUAGGUUCGAUAUUUCUUCCACCCAUCCUAGGAAUUCUUCUACGAGAGUAUGGUUACAGAGGUGCAGUAUUAAUAAUGGGUGCUGUUACUUUGAAUGUAUGGGCGAGUGCUCUUUUGUACGAACCGGUGGAAAGGCACAUGGUACCAGCAUCGUCGUCGAGCAAAUCGAACGACGUCGACUUGGAGGUCGCCUCGGUCACAGUAGCUAGUCCCGAAGAUGAGAAGCAAUCGAAUCAUGUUGUUUCUUCUUCGAACGAAAACGAAAAAGCCGCGCCAAUGGUACCAAAGAGUGCGUCCAGUGUCGCUUUAGAGUAUUACAAGAAUACGCCAGUUCAAGGUCGAACGAGAAAAAUUAGCAUGCCCACGGGACGGGAGAUAACAGGCCAGAUGCACAGCACUCCGGCGUUACACGCUGUUCCGGAACGGGGCGGAGAUUCUGCCAGACUAUCGAAACGUCAGAAAUCGCCUUUACAGUCACCGAGCAUGUCAUCUUUUAAUUAUAUCAGCACGCCGUACCAUGGAAGCACGCUUUCCGCUAUACAUCCGGAAAGGGCGUCUACGUUGACCUUGAACGCAAUAUCGAGCACCUUCACGAGGAAGGGUACCGAAGAAACGAACAAGAACGAAGUAAAAGAGAAGAAGAACAAAUUCUUUGACUUUAGUUUAUUGAAGGAUCCUAUUUAUCUGGUAAUCUUGGUUUCGAAUUCAACGAACGCUGUCAGUUAUACGAAUUUCGUCAUCUUAUUACCGGCGUACGCUAUUUCGUUGGGUUUCGACAAAAAUAUGUCUUCCCUUCUUCUUUCGACCGUCUCUAUAUUAGACCUAAUAGGACGUAUCGGAGGUUCAGCGCUAUCCGAUGUCUCGAUCAUGCCAAAGCAUUGGUAUUUCGUUGGCGGUUUGUUCAUUUCUGGAAUCUCGUUGGCUCUUCUCCCCAUAGCCACAAGCUACACCAUCCUGUCGGUUUAUUGCGGUGUUUUCGGAUUAGCUUCCGGUAUUUACGUUGGUAUCACCGCGGUUAUAAUGGCCGAUAUGUUAGGGACCGAGAAGUUAACUUCCUCCUAUGGUAUCUCGUUGUUCGUAAAUGGAAUCAUACAGUUGGUUGGCCCUCCAAUCUGCGGCGUUGUAUUUGAACAAAUCGGCAGUUACGGGCCGAUCUUCAGCAUCUUAGGAAUUAUUCUAGUGGUAGGCGCGUCGUUGUGGGGUUUUGUUCCAUUUAUUAGGAAACGACAAAAAGUCGCAGAGAAAGCGAAUACAAUUGAAAAACUAUAGUUUAUUCACUAACUGGCAUAUUUCAUUAUGGACGACAAGAGCUUAAUUAUAUGGUCAUUGUAGAAUUUCAUCUAACAUGUAUCGAUUACAAUACAAUAUAUACAUAUAAACACACACACACACACUCACACACACGCGCACACACACGAUAACGAGAGACAUGUUUACGAAAUACUGUGAUGUUAGAAUGAAUGUUAUGUAUGUAAGUACAUAUAUACUACUGGCACUGUGAUGACGUUAUAUAUAUACAUCCACGCGUACAUUUUCAAGUGGAUUAAUAAGGAAACAAUUUUCAAAAGAUAUAUUUUUAAAAAAGACAAAGGUUCUCCUUUCUCGUAAAUUGGAAGUGUCUUGCCUUACAUUUGAAAAGAAAACUUAUUUCGCGGAAGUAAGUUGUUAUUAGUACUAAAGUAAAAUAUAUGAAUAUAUUUAAGUACUUAGUUUAGAAAAUGUUCUAAUUGCUGGUGCUAACGUAAUAAGUAAAACAAAAAAAUGAAAGAUGCAAUAAUAUAAUUUAACCCUUUCGCUUCGGCAGUCCAGUUCGGCGAAGUACUGUUACUGAACGGAAACGCGCGCCACAAAUACGCACAGUGUGCGUGGUUGCUGUAUAUAUGUUUGCCUAAGUCUUAAAUAACAAUAAUUCUUGUAAGAACCGUAUAUGAAAUAUACGCUUCACUGUCAAUGGGUUUAAUAGAUUUUUAAGAUGAAACGGUAUACGAUCGUUUGGAUGUUUGAAAUAUAUUGUGUGAAACGUUUUGAUGUUGUUUCAACAAUGAGUAAUUUUAAGAAGUAAUAUGUCAAUAAAAUCAACAGAAAAUGUUCUGCCGAUAACGAAAAAAUAUAUUAUUGACUACAGAUAGCAGUUGUAUAUGCAUCAUUUAGAUGCCAGAUAUAUGGGGUGCCGGACUCAGGAGUUGUCGCGUGGUCGCCGCCUAUAUGCGGUACUCGUACCCACAGGUCAUCUCGCGGAUGCCGCCUAUAAGCGGCGCUCAAAGCGAAAGGGUUAAUGCAUGUAAAAUAAUCUUAGUGUAUGUAUAAUUGUAUAAAGCAAAGGUUGAGUACUUGUACACUUCUCUUAAGGAAAGAAUAUGCAGUAAUUCCUAUUAUUAUAUACACGUAAAUAUUGAAUAUAGGAUCAGUCAAUUUCGUUCUUGAUUCAAUUUGUUUACAACUCACCGAAAAAUAUGCCUUAAAAUUAGGAUAUAAGCACUUUGUAAUUAACGAAUUACGUUUAUAUUAUACAAUAUUUAAAAUGUAAAACGAUACAAAAUGCGCAUAUUUCACUUGAAGUUAUCUUACACGGAAAAUACAUAAAUUGUUCAUGCUACUAGGGUCAAUAAACAAAUUACUAAAAAUUUUCGUUGUCAUACUUUGUAUCUAUUUUAUUGAAAAGAAUGCACGGUAGUAUUAAAUAAAUAUUAAUAUGAAGACUAAAACAUGUUUCUUUUAAUACAUGUUUAUAACAUACAAUAAAAAUGUAAUUUACUUUUUA